AUGAACUACUCUUCGUUGCUCUGCCUUUUCUGCACUAUUUGUAUCUGGCGGUGCAGUACGGCUGAUCCACAGCUCAGAAUUCGCUCUAUUUCGCGCAGCAGUUCCCAGCAGAUGAUCGAUGGGCAGCUAAGGACUGUCCGCAACGAGGUGGAGGAUAAUUUGGACACUGGUAAUGGACUGAUGGUCCGCACAAAAAAAUCCAAAGGGAAAUCGGAUGUCAUGAGCAAAAGAGCCGCUGCUCGUAUGAAGUAUAGGCUGGAUACGGGAGUGGCACGUUAAAUUUGCUGCAGGGAAUGGCUUUUUGUUUUUAGAAAAUGCAUUUCAAGAAAAGUC